GUAUAAGGGGGAGUGGUUUACAGUAUGUCAGGGAGCAGGAAAGAGAAACCCCCGUCCUUCUGCUGGAAGAUAUCUUAGUUUUAAAAAACCACAAACAUACAGCAAGUCAGCGAACCCCGCACCUUUACCAUGUUGAAGUUACACCCUUUAGAUUGAUGUGAUCUGAAAGACAUGAUGUUAUCCAUUAACUUUAGCUGUGGAUGUGAGCGUAGACAGCCAGUGAGACAGACGACUUAAUGCUGCAGUGUGACCUUUCCUGAUGAACAAAAUGGAGUCGUCUGAACACAGUGCUCAGUUCGUGGACAAGUACAGGUCCCAGCUCAUUCAGAGGGUCACCAUGGUGAUGCCUAUAGCUGAAGACCUACUCUCUCAAAACAUGAUCCACGAAGAGGUGUACUCCAACAUCAGUGCUGCCAGGACUAAUCAGGGCAAAAUGAGGGAGCUCUUUACAGCCCUCCACUCUGGAGGAAACAAAGUGAAAUCUGCCUUUCUCUCCAUGCUGAGGGAGCAUGAACCUAAUCUGGUCCAGGACUUGGAAUGCAGUGGCAAACAAAGAGGUGAACAAGAGAACAAAAGCACAAUAAGCCUAAAGUACAAGGAAUUCAUCAGAGGUGAAUAUGCCACAGUGCAGGAGUACAACUCUCUCCCUGGAGAACAUGUGAAGCUAGAUGACCGUUACACUGAGCCCCUGAUCAUCCAGAAACACCGUCAGCAGAGAGAGAGAGAGGAGGAGAUCCGCUCCAGAGGACAGAACUUUUAUCAAGUUAUGGACCAGAGGGACAGCGAGACCUACAAGAGUACCAAAGUGGAGAGGCUGUUUGAUCCAGACGAGCAUGGAGACAUUCAGAGAACGGUGAUACUGCAGGGCCACUCUGGAACUGGCAAGUCAUUUACCACUCAGAAGAUCAUGUCUGACUGGGCGUUUGGAAGACUUUACGAAGACCGAUUUGACUUUGUUUUUCACCUGAGGUGCAAAGAACUAAACCAGGCCACUGGGAGAAAAAGUGUGAUGGAUCUGCUUAACUACGAUCAGAGUUUAUCAUCAAUGAUCAAGCAGGUCCUUCGCCAGUCUCCUGAGAGGGUUCUCUUCCUGGUAGACGGCUUUGAUGAACUCAAAUUCUCACUUGAUGUACCUAAAGACUCCCUUCCCAGGGACCCGUGGACACAAUGCUCCCCCGAAGUGACACUGAGUGGCCUGAUACGGAAACAGAUAUUGCACGAGUCCUUCCUGCUUGUCACCACCAGGUCCACAGCGCUGGACAAACUAAAAGAAGUGGUCAAAAAUCCAGUGAGAUACGCUGAGAUAUUGGGCUUUUCUAAAGAGGGGGUGGAGGAAUACUUCAAUAGAUUCUUCAUGAAGGAGCAACACUCACAGCAAGCCUAUGACUCUGUGAGGAAAAAUGAAACCCUUUUCACCGCAUGUUUCAUUCCAGUCAUCUGCUGGAUCAUUUGCACAGUUUAUAGGGAGCAGUUUGAUGAAGGCACAGAGAUGAUACAAUCACUGGAGACCACCACCUCCAUCUUUGUUGAAUUUGUUGCCACGCUGUUGAAGCACCACUGUCAGGAUUUGGGUCAGUCAGCUCUUACCAUCCUCCAAGGACUAGGCAAGCUGGCAGAAAAGGGAAUGGAAGAGCAGCAAGUGUUAUUUGACCAUGAUAGUGUCUCACAGACCGUGUCAGAUCCUUCCAAAGUCCCAUUCUUGUGUAAGUUUCUCCAAAAGAAGAGAGUAAAUCAGACCACUAUGUACAGCUUCAUGCACCUCAGCUUCCAGGAGUUUUUCACAGCCCUCUCAUACAUGUUACUGGGUGAUGAGGAAGCUCAGGGGAAAGUUAGAGAGCUACUUUCUAAGGUUCGACGUGGAAAAGAAAACAGUCACCUGCUACCCAUAGUUCAAUUUCUCUUCGGCAUCGCAAACAAGGAAGUGGGAAAACGGCUCGAGGAUAAAAAAUACAUCUCUUGUUCUCAAGGAAUCUGGACCCAGCUGAAACAUUUUAUUCUGGAAGUCAUUGAAAAAGAAAAGGAGGAUCGAAACGCCAUUGAUUAUCACAUUUCAUCAAUGUGGCUAUUUGCGUUUCACUGUCUAUAUGAACUACAUGUAGAUGAUUUUGUUAAGAAAGCCAUGAAUACAUACACAGAAUUUAAUCUGACUCACAUUCCACUGACAAAAACAGACUGUUGGGUGCUGAAGUACUGCUUUCAGCACUGCAAGUGCAUCCAAAGACUCAUUCUCAACUGGUGCAAGUUAACUGCAGAGAAGAUCAAAAUCCUUCUGCCAGCAUUGGAAAAAUGUCAACAUCUCGAGUUGCAGGUGGACGACCUAGCCGAUGAUGAUUUAGAUGAUCUGUUGACAGCGCUGGGAGAAGGAAAGAGUUUGGAGCUGGAUCUGAGUGAGAACAACUUGUCUGAUGAGAAAGUACAGGACUUGCUUGUUGCUCUCACUAAACACAAACCCAGAAACGUUGAAAUUGGAGUGAAGUCCAUCACCAGCAAUACAGCUGACAAAUUCAUGUUCCUCAUCAGUAAGGCACAUGCAGACUUGGAAAGCAUAGGGCUUCAUGGUUGUGAGAAUGUUACAUUGGAAGCCAAUCUACAGAAAGAUGGAGUCAAUGGGACUCUCCAAACUUCUCUUUGGUUAAAAGUGUCUGACAUGAAAAUGAUCUGUGACUGUAUCAGGGCAUCUGGCUACAGUUUGAGUGAAAUAGUCUUGUCUGUGAGCUAUGUGGCUGACCUAUCAGACACCGAUGUGGAUGACCUGAGUGCAAUCAUCCACCCUGUAGACAAGUUAAGGCUCUGCUUUCAACACCAAGAUUUAUAUGGAUGGCACGCAGCGAGUGAAGGUUUACACUCCCAGAUAUCACUCAGAGGGAUUGAAAUUACCCUCUACGGUGAUCCUGUAUUCGACUGGAGAAAAUUAUUUCAGCUAGUUCACACUCUGGGGCAACAUCCAGAGUGGGAUGAGCAUGUUGAAGCACUGAUCUCGCUGCUACGCUCUCAAACUUCUCUGGAGGACAUCAGUCUGUAUGUGAGCAGCGUGACAGAGAGGUGUGCUGCCAGUGUAGUCAGUCUGAGCCAGGCCUGCCCAAACCUGAGGAUGAUAUCCCUUCAUGUAGUUGAACACGGUUUGUUAUUGGAGGAAGUGUUACAACACUUACGUGCAUCAAAGAGGCGCCCAGAUUGCCGCUUACUUGUCGCCGGGUGGAGAUGCAGGAAGCCUGCUGACAAGUGCACAGGCCGGAAGGACUGGAGUCUCUGUUGUGAUGACUCUGUUAGGCUCACUCUACAAGGAGAAACAUUCACAGAGAAUGUGAUACGGCAUGGGAAGGAAAGCGAUAGGCCUAGUGUUCACCCUAAGACUAAUAGAUGGUGUGUUGUUGCCUAGUGACCACGAUGAAGACAGCAGAGAUGGUGUGUUGUUGCAUAGUGACCACGAUGAAGACAACGGAGAUGGUGUGUUGUUGCAUAGUGACCACGAUGAAGACAACAGAGAGGGUGUGUUGUUGCCUAGUGACCACGAUGAAGACAGCAGAGAUGGUGUGUUGUUGCAUAGUGACCACAAUGAAGACAACAGAGAUGGUGUGUUGUUGCAUAGUGACCACGAUGAAGACAACAGAGAUGGUGUGUUGUUGCAUAGUGACCACGAUGAAGACAACAGAGAUGGUGUGUUGUUGCCUAGUGACCACAAUGAAGACAACAGAGAUGGUGUGUUGUUGCAUAGUGACCACGAUGAAGACAACAGAGAUGGUGUGUUGUUGCCUAGUGACCACGAUGAAGACAACAGAGAUGGUGUGUUGUUGCAUAGUGACCACGAUGAAGACAACAGAGAUGAUGUGUUGUUGCCUAGUGACCACGAUGAAGACAACAGAGAUGGUGUGUUGUUGCAUAGUGACCACGAUGAAGACAACAGAGAUGGUGUGUUGUUGCAUAGUGACCACGAUGUAGACAAAAGAGAUGGUGUGUUGUUGCAUAGUGACCACGAUGAAGACAACAGAGAUGGUGUGUUGUUGCCUAGUGACCACGAUGAAGACAACAGAGAUGGUGUGUUGUUGCAUAGUGACCACGAUGAAGACAACAGAGAUGAUGUGUUGUUGCCUAGUGACCACGAUGAAGACAACAGAGAUGGUGUGUUGUUGCAUAGUGACCACGAUGUAGACAAAAGAGAUGGUGUGUUGUUGCAUAGUGACCACCAUUAAGACAACAGAGAUGGUGUGUUGUUGCAUAGUGACCACGAUGAAGACAACGGAGAUGGUGUGUUGUUGCCUAGUGACCACGAUGAAGACAACAGAGAUGGUGCGUUGUUGCCUAGUGACCAUGAUAAAGACAACAGAGAUGGUGUGUUGUUGCAUAGUGACCACAAUGAAGACAACAGAGAUGGUGUGUUGUUGCAUAGUGACCACGAUGAAGACAACAGAGAUGGUGUGUUGUUGCAUAGUGACCAUGAUGAAGACAACAGAGGUGGUGUGUUGUUGCAUAGUGACCACGAUGAAGACAAUGGAGAUGGUGUGUUGUUGCCUAGUGACCACGAUGAAGACAACAGAGAUGGUGUGUUGUUGCAUAGUGACCACAAUGAAGACAACAGAGAGGGUGUGUUGUUGCAUAGUGACCACGAUGAAGACAACAGAGAUGGUGCGUUGUUGCCUAGUGACCACGAUAAAGACAACAGAGAUGGUGUGUUGUUGCAUAGUGACCACAAUGAAGACAACAGAGAGGGUGUGUUGUUGCAUAGUGACCACGAUGAAGACAACAGAGAUGGUGAGAAACACAGCAUUCAAGAGGACAAAGACAACAGAGAUGGUGAGAAACACAGCAUACAAGAGGACAAAGACAACAGAGAUGGGGAGAAACACAGCAUACAAGAGACUGAGGACAAAGACAAGAGUGAAGAUACAUACCUUUGAUCCACUUAGAUUUGGACUGAUACUAACUAUACAUAGUGGACAUGUUUUGUUUUUGUUUUUUUUCUUCAAAAUGGAACUUUAGAUUUUAGAAUUACUACAAGAUAAUUUUGCCAAAUUGGACGGGGAAGCACAAGACUUUAGCAUAUAGACUGCUACACCACCCAAGGUGAAUCAAUCCCCCAUCAUCUCCUCCUCUUGCUCUCUCUAGCUCUUUUUGUCUCUCUUCCCUCUCUCUCUGUCACACCCUUACACAUGUUUGAAUCUGACCUGUGCCAAUCGUGGUCCAUAGGGUCCUGUUAAAAUAUAGUGCACUGCAUAGGGAAUAGGGUGCCAUUUGGGACCCGUAUCUGUACUGGUUAGCAUUUCAUAUAUUUAAUCUUACUCUGUCUCUAAAAAUGAAAUAAGGAGGUUUUAUCCUUGUUCUUAUGAAAGCUGUGUCUUUUUAUUUUUUGUAAUACUGUGGAAAAAUAAUGACAUACAAUUUGAAAAAAUAUUGAAUAAAAAUAAAAAUGAAAACACAUUUCAGUAAUA